AAAGCGAUGUGCCCCCAGACCCAAGAAGGAAUAUUCUUGCUCAACCCCCAACUUCAGACUCCUCGUUCAUUCUUCUAAGAUACCCAUACAAGCAUGAUGCUUUCCGCCCUUCGACACUGGGCCCCCUUCCAGAUCGAUGCACUGGGCCUGGUCACAAUGCUAGGGGCCGAUGACAUCAAUCUCACAGUCGGUCGCUUAGUGUAUAGCCGCUUCACUGAAUACCUUCCGGUCCUCGGAGCGUUCAUCAUCGCAAACAACGAGAUGACCAAACCUAUCCCAGGGUUUGUGGCAUACAACAUCACCGACGGCAUCAUGGCCACUGAUGUGACUGGUUGGUUUUCUCGAUGGCUUCUAUGCCAGGACUUCACGACGUGCUCUACCACCCUCCGCCUUGUCGUCCAGCCAAAAUCAAAUUUGGUCAAACGGGAUGCGAUCGGUCUUUUCAUCGGAAUUCUGAGCAUGGCGCCAGUCAUAAUCUUUCCCGUCAUCAUGGGCGACUGGUGGGGAUUCGUGAACUCAAUGAGCAUGCUCAUCUCCAUCAUUGUGCGAAAGGUCAUUGUGCAUCAGAAUCGCACGGCCAUCAGCCGCUCCGCAUUGCAGGCAUAUGAUACCUCCAGCGAGGCAGUGAAGACCUUCUGGACGCUCCCGACGGGGACGGUGGUGACAAUCUACACCCCGCGGGGUGUUCUCACCAACACUCUAUUGACGAAUCCCCGACCCGGCCAUCCUCGACUAUACAAGUUGAUGAGGGCCAUUGGGUGGGUUGGCUUUGGAUGUCAUGUUAUCUCUCUGGGUAUGACCACCCUGUUCAAUCAGAUAGUGACUGUGGCUGUGCUCCUGGUGUCAACAGUCAUUGUGGUCCACCGCAUUGGAGAGGACGAACACCUAAUCGGCGAGAACAUCGCCGUCAGUCGACACGACGACCUGGAGGAACAGUUCCGUGCUGCCACAUAUGCUCGACUAGAGCUCUCCGAGAAGGAAGAACAGUCGAUGGUGUUGUGGAAUUUGUUCCCGCAUGAGUCUAACACGGCUUGGUGGGUGAGGUAUCGCGAUUGUGUCCAGAGAGGACAUGGUGCCUUUAAAGGCUGGGAUAGAAAGCUCACGCAGCAAUUUACGGAAUCAGAGGUGUAGUUUGGUGUUGGUGUUGGUGUUCGAUAUAUAUAUGUGAGGUUAGCAAGGUCACCAUCCAGCGUUUGUUAUGACUUAUGGCUUAUGAUAUGAGUUAUGCGGGAUAAACAUGUAUUGCUCUUUGUUAGUCAGAUUGAUUAUCUGUGUUCAAGCGCAAAAUAAACGAGUUAUGUCAUUAUGAA